GGGCGCGGCGGGAGGAUGCCGAAGCCGACGCUGCUGCUGCGCGGGGGCUGGGAGCGCGAGCGCAGCCCCGGGGACUCGGAGCUGGGCCGCCAGUUCCGGGACUGGUGCCUGCGCACCUACGGCGACUCGGCCAAAACCAAGACGGUGACACGCAGCAAAUACCAGCGGAUCGCCGAGGUCCUGCAGGGCGGCGGCGGGACCGGCGCGGGCAGCGGCCCGGCAGCCGGCGAGAAAGGCAAGUUCCAGUUCUGGGUGCGCUCCAAGGGCUUCCGCCUGGGCAGCGGCCGGGAACCCAAGAUGGGCCAAGUGGUGUAUGUGCCGGUCAAGACGGGCUCGGGGGCAGAUGGCCUGUCGGAGCCCGAGGGCAUCUCUCUGAAGCGGGUCGCUGUGGUGGAAGAUUUCUUUGACAUCAUCUACUCGAUGCAUGUGGAGAGCUCAGCGGAGCCAGGCAAAGCCCCCAAGCACGCCGGGCAGAAGAAAACCUACCGAGCGAUCGCAGAGACCUACGCCUUCCUUCCGCGAGAGGCUGUGACCCGGUUCCUAAUGAGCUGCACAGAGUGUCAGAAGAGGAUGCACUUUAAUUCCAACGGCCUGGAGCCCAAAGAAAAUGAGCCUCCCUCUCCUCUGGUCUCCGGGAUUAUCGAUUACAACAUGCCCCUCACCUCCACGUACCUGAAGCAGAUGAAGCUGCGCGUGAUGAAUUCCCAGGAGCAGGAUGAAACUUCUGUGAGCAGUGAAGAUUUUGAUAUGAACGACUCCACAUGGAUGUCAGCUGACCCACACCUGGCCUCCAGCCUGAGUCCCAGCCAGGACGAGAGGAUGCGGAGCCCGCAGAACCUCCACAGCCAAGAGGACGACGAUUCCUCCUCCGAGAGCGGCAGUGGCAAUGGCUCCUCCACCCUGAACCCGUCCACCUCAAGCAGCACCCAGGGAGACCCCGCCUUUCCCGAGAUGAAUGGCAACGGCGCUGUGGCCCCCAUGGACUUCACCGCCACCGCCGAGGACCAGCCCAUCAACCUGUGUGACAAGCUCCCGCAGGGCUCAGCGCUCGGCACGCCCUCCUACCCCUCAGACGGCUGUGGCGCCGAUGGACUGAGGAGCCGUGUCAAGUACGGGGUGAAGACCACCCCCGAGUCCCCCCCCUACAGCUCGGGGAGCUACGACUCCAUCAAAACCGAGGUCAGUGGCUGCCCCGAGGACCUGACGGUGGGCCGGGCCCCCACAGCAGAUGACGACGAUGAUGACCACGACGACCACGAGGACAAUGACAAGAUGAACGACUCCGAGGGCAUGGACCCAGAGCGCCUCAAGGCCUUCAAUAUGUUUGUGCGUCUCUUUGUGGAUGAGAACUUGGACCGCAUGGUGCCCAUCUCCAAGCAGCCCAAGGAGAAGAUCCAGGCCAUCAUUGAGUCGUGCAGCCGGCAGUUCCCCGAGUUCCAGGAGCGGGCCCGCAAGCGCAUCCGCACGUACCUCAAGUCCUGCCGGCGCAUGAAGAAAAAUGGCAUGGAGAUGACCAGACCCACACCUCCUCACCUGACCUCGGCCAUGGCAGAAAACAUCCUGGCAGCUGCCUGUGAGAGCGAGACGAGAAAAGCAGCCAAAAGGAUGCGCCUGGAGAUCUACCAGUCCUCCCAGGACGAGCCCAUAGCCCUGGACAAGCAGCACUCCCGGGACUCCACAGCCAUCGCCCACUCCACCUACUCACUGCCAGCCUCCUCCUACUCCCAGGACCCUGUGUACGUCAACGGUGGCCUCAACUACAGUUACCGUGGUUACGGGGCCUUGGGCAGCAACCUGCAGCCCCCUGCCUCCCUCCAAACAGGAAAUCACAGUAAUGGGCCCACAGACCUCAGCAUGAAAGGCGGGGCCUCCACCACGUCCACGGCGCCCACGCCCACGCCCUCCAGCAACAGCACCAGCCGGACCAUGCCCACCGCCCAGCUCAGCCCCACGGAGAUCAGCGCUGUCCGGCAGCUCAUCGCCGGCUACCGGGAGUCCGCUGCCUUCCUGCUGCGCUCGGCAGACGAACUGGAAAACCUCAUCCUGCAGCAGAACUGACCCAGCGGCACCCGGAGUGCACUGCCCCAGGGAAGGAGGCUCUCCCAGCCCCGGACCGGCUUCCCGCCUCACCAGUUGGUACCUUUUGUUUUUUGAAAGAGGUGGAUCCAGAAGAGCUGUUUCUAGCCACACUCCAAGCGCCUGAGACUCUGGGCACAAGGACACUUUUUUUUUGGAAUCUCACCACACGGGUGCUCUGACCUGCUUGGAAGAGGCCGACGGGGCAGCUCUGGAAGGGCUGGGGCUCCCCCUGACGAGGCACUGGGGCCACAGCUCUAUUUAGAAUCAUCUUCGUGGACCCUGAUGUUAGAAUCCCACCCCCAGAUAAUUACCUUUCAAGUCUUAGGUGAGCAGAAUUGCAUAUUUAUUGAGAAAAACAAAGUGGACCCUUUCUUCCUCCCCCCUUAGUAAUUUAUUUUUCUGAAAAUGGAUUCUUUUGUGUUUGUACAGAUUGCCAGUCUGUGUCUGUCUGAUCAGAAGGCUGUAUCCCUGUGACCUAACAUUCCAUAUCACUACACUGGCGCGGGCUGGGGGCCGGCAGGGCGGGGGGGCAGCGGGCUGGCUGGCCCUCUGAGUGCCCAGCACCGCCAAGCAGGAGGACCUCACCCACACCCACUGCAAAGCAGAGACAAACAAAAGCGGCUCCCCCACCCCAUUCCACAGAUGCCCCAGUCACACGGUCACCUGUAUUCUACCUCACACUCCAGCGUGGGCUUUUCCAGGAUGUGCCCUGAGCCUGUUCUGAAUGGCUGUCUCCCACCUCCCCCACCCAGUGUGUCUGCCUGGGAGGUGAGUCCAGACGGGGGGCCAGGAGCUGGAGCCCAGAGAGGACCUUGGCCCUCACAAGCAGCAGCCCGCCGGGCCCUAGCAGGACAGGGUGCCAGGAGACGGCAGCCGGGCAGCAGGGCUUGCCCUCACCCUGCCACCAUGGAGCCAGGCCUGGGCCCCUCGGACCCCUGCCGGGAAGGGCCCCUUUCUUCAAGGUGAGCCCCUGGCUGUCAGGCAGCCAUCAAACAGGAAAGGCAGCUCCCGUCCCCUGCCCCUGUGGUUGGAGCAAAGGGACCAUCAGCAGAAAUGGAGAAGUCACCUGGGUUCUCCUAGGACCAGCCCUUCUGAAGGGGCCAGUCCUGGAAGAAACCCAUCCUCUCUGGAGUGUGAAAAAGGGCAAAAGAUAAGGCUGGCCUGGUUUCCUUGCUCCCCAGUAGGCACUUCCUCUUGCUCAGUGCAAUACCUACCAGUGCUGCUAAAACCAGGGAUUUGCCCAGACCUCACAAGGCCCACAGGGCCUCUCCAUGCAACACUCCGUAGCCAUGACAGCAGCUCUCUGCUGCCGCCCCUGCCCAGAGCUGGCAGACACCCUCUGUUGCCUUUCCUCCCUCAGAGCAAAGAGGUCCCAGGGAGCCAGGGCCAAGUGGACCCUAGGAUAGAGAGCCACUUGACCCCAAAGCAGGCAUCCCUUUCCCAAACCAGCUUUUCUGCAGCCAACUGCCUCCGGGCACUGUGGCAGACCACCCUCAGGAGGCGGGGGAGGGGGCUCCAGACUGGAUGCCUCCCACGCCUCAGAUCCGACACUGAGCUAUGGGCCCUGGAUCCAGAAAGUCUGAAGGGUAGGGUGCCCACACCCUACAGGCUUCCAGCGCCCCACCUCCCAGCCACACCACCUCUGCCUUCCAUCUGACCGAUCCCCAGGCCUCCGGUCGGGGCCAGGAUGCGGAGACCCACCCUUAGCACAGCACAAGCUCCAGUGCCCAACGCCUCCCCCAUCCCAGCGUCCACAUGUCCAGCCCCCACCUGCUCAGUUCUACUCCCAGACAUUUAAAUUUGUGUAAAUAUUUAUUUUUGUGUGUGAACAAUACUACAAAGUAAUCAGUAGAUCUUUUGCAAAAUGUUACCCCAGGCAAUUUGUGAAAAUCUUAAUGUUGGAAACUGGCAGAGACAAUCGCCGCCUUAGAAUCCUUGACGUCAAGUUGUUUCACAUGUCAUUUCUCCUCCCAGAGGCAGUACCCAAGCCAGACAAACGGUUUGCUUUUCUGAACAGACAGGAGUGAGCAAGACUGGGGAAGGGGCUCGCGCCACCACCCACACGAGGAAUUAAGAGCUGAAGAUUAGUAUAAGCUACAGUUUGAAGUUGUGUUUUUCUGAGUCACGCUUGUCCUUACUGCCCAACUUCAGCAGCCUCAGCACCGUGGUGAGAGUGUAGGUUCAAUGUGCUUCAAAGAGAAAAGAAACAAUGCUAGCAGUCAGGGUGCACUGGGCCCCCCAGAGCCCCUCCAGGACAGUGGAUCCUGUCUCACCCAUCCCGCUUCUUGGGUGGGCUCCUUCCUACUGAAGCUACACAUGAAGCCCUUGCGAUGGCAGAAUCAGGAGCAAGUUACUGUGUGUGGAAACAGGAUUCCAUUCGCUAGUUCUGUCAGGGAACUCGUUCAGUUUUGCUUUUGUUUUAAAAGAUGCAGCGUCAACCCUGGAGGGCACCACUGAGCUGGUUCUGCUGAAAGGCGCUUGCUGCUGUCCGUCCCCCACCCCCGCCCCACCCCCACCCCCACCCCAGGGACUGCCUUCUCCCAAAGGGAGCACCCAAAGCCCAGCCCCACAGCCACUUAAAGUUCUUAUGGGGGGGCCUCAGGACAUCCAUGAAUCACGUGGGAUCCUAAAUUACAGAGGUAAUGCAAGAGUGGAAUACACCCAUUCCAGAGUCUUUGCAGGGGGCUAAUCCCACGAAAAGGGUAGAACCAGGAGAAAUGGGAAUCUGGUCUUAGUGGUGGAUCAUCUAGUAAAGAGUAUAACCCAUCUGAAUUCACUUUACCGUCACCACUCAGUUUAUACCCAAGGACAGUGGGGAGGCGGAGGGGGACCGGCGGGGGGUGAAGAAGGUUUUUAGAGGAUUUCAAACAGGUGGAACCCAGCCAUCCCUGUUCCCAAGGGCCACUUAUGACUCCAGGGGUGGUUAUAGGAUUAACUACCAGUUCAUUUUCAAAAUGCUGCUUUGAACUCAGAGGGUUGAUACUUUUAAUUUGUAAUUUUUUGUAAAACUUUUUACAAGAUAGUAAAGUAUUUCACCAGAAUACCAGUUUCAAUCCGUCCAUGGUCUGAUUUUUAUAUAAUUUAGUGGUGCUUUAGAAACUUUGUUUUUGUUGUUUAUGAGCAAGACAGCUCAAUCCUUUUUCGCCUGUAUCUACCUAAGACCAAUGUGAACCUUUGUAUUUUUGCUCCUAAUUUUGGACUCAGUGAAAGUGUACUGUUUACAUGUACAGAUGCCCCGGUCCCUGUGUGUCCUGCAAGACUCGCUCUUGAGGAGGAAGGUGCACCUCACUAAGCUCAUCUGCUUAGCAAAGCCACAAAACAAAAACCUCUCACUUUUUACCUGUUUCCACCUAAAAAGAAAAAUAAAAAACCUACACCACACUGAACUCAGAUUUGCUGAAAAAAUACUUUUCUAUGCUCAGAAAAAUCGUCUCCAGGCGGCAGACGGUCUGUGUGCCUCUGUCCUGUGGUCCAUUUGGGAGCUGGGCUCAGAAUGGAGACUUCCUAUGGCUGCUGGUGGGUAACUGCAUGGACAGGUGGAAAGUGAAAACGGGACUUGGCUGCCACUGGGGAUGAAUAUAGCUCCUCUCCCGGCAGCCUGAGAAUGGGAAGGUCACGCUGACUCAUGGACCUUCAGGGACAAGCCACCCAGGAGUUAGGGACAACCCAAGGGGUUGCCGACCCUCUGGCAUAACUGAGACAUGUUUGGAAAGAGCGCAAGUUUCCUACUGGAGAUGAGCUUUAGGACCUUCCAAUGCAGAUGGUACAAGCAUCUCUUCAGGGUCCCCUGGGGCAGCUCGUACAUGAGGCCCCUCUGGGGAGGGGCAGGGGGCUCCAGACAGUAAGCAUAUGGCACUUAAAGCAAACAGCAGAUGGCACCAACUUUUAAAGGUGACUCUUUGUUACUUAAUCAAUGGCUUCAUCUCUAAAUUAUAUUUUUACAGAUAUGCACCUAUGCAACUUAACGUGGCUCUUCUAAGCAGGUGAGGACUUCCUCCUCAAUGCUCUAUAAAAAUUAUUUGUGUUCUAUAUAGUGAGUUUUACCAGUAAAUGUGGCUUAAUAUUUUAAUUCUUAGAAUGUGUCUUCUCUAUGUGAUGCAACUAAAUUCUGUUUUGUUUGUGGAAUGACUAGCACAGGCCAACUCCCUCUCCCCUCACUUAACAAAAGACCAAUGAGCUGUUAAUCGAGCUGUUAUCUCCAUGGUAUUACUUGCUAAAUGCACUGAUUUCAUAAGUAUGUGGAAUCCUUUUUCUUUGGAAUCUGUAUAUCAUAUAUAAGACUGAAUCUACUUAAUAAACACUGAAUAACAAACUC